AUCAGCAUUACUCACGAUGCUGUCGAAUUUGAUGUAGCAUGUUCGGAUGGCAUGACCAAAAAGUUUACGGCUUAUUUUGACAAGAAAGGACUUCACCGUCGAUACGGCCACUACAGCACUAUAGUUGGAACAAAGUAUCCAUGGUACACUAUUAACCUGGCUACAGAUAAACUAAUGGACGCCACAAAUAUUGUUUAUGGAGGUUAUAAUCUUGCCACAUACAACUGUAAAUAUUAUGCCUAUAAUAUUUUCACCUUGAUCCGGGCCAUGUUCAGUUGCACAUGGAAACCUAACAAUUGGUGCGGUUUCUAUGCCAAGACAAGGUCAACUGGUAAAUCGCCAAUGGUGCCAUUCAUAUGCCGAGGUGAAGGUGAUUGGCGCAGGGGACCGGUAGCCUGUAGUACAAUUUGCCAGUACAAGAAUUAUGUGCUUGAGGUGGACGUGACCUAUGGUCUGAUGGUUGUCACAGACGACCGACUCUUUGACUUCAUUGGCACUCAUUAUACGGAAUCCGAUGACAAGAACUCAAUGAUUGAGACAUUGAUUACG